AAAAAAGCAGGUUGGUCACAAGCUAAAUUUAGGCAUGAUGUACUGUUCAUCUUUUUCAGAAGUGUGGUUUCCUUCUCUUCGAUGAGUGCCAAAUCUGCAGUGCUGAGAAUAUUGAUGUCAGCCAGAAUACUCUGCAUCGCGAGAAGAAAGUGUUGUGAAUCGGCAACAACAUGAGGCACAAUCACCAUGAAUCUCGACAGGCUUCGUAAAAGAGUGAGACACUACAUUGAUCAGCAACAGUAUCAAAGUGCUCUGUUCUGGGCUGACAAAGUAGCGUCCUUAUCACAUGAGGAUCCUCAAGACAUUUAUUGGUUAGCACAGUGCCUUUAUUUGACAGCACAGUAUCACAGAGCCUCUCAUGCACUCAGAUCUCGCAAACUUGACAAGUUAUAUGGAGCAUGUCAGUAUCUAGCUGCAAGAUGUCAUUAUGCUGCCAAAGAAUAUCAACAAGCUCUGGACAUACUGGACAUGGAGGAAGCAGCCAGUAAAAAAAUAUUGGAGAAGAAUGUAAAGGAGGCUAAUGGCUCAAAGGAAACCGUAAAAGAAUGGGAAAUGUCUCCUGCUUCAAUCAAUAGUUCCAUCUGUCUCCUGCGGGGGAAGAUCUAUGAUGCCAUGGACAACAGACCCCUAGCUACGUCUAGCUACAAAGAGGCCUUGAAACUGGACGUCUACUGCUUUGAAGCCUUUGACCUUUUGACGUCCCAUCACAUGCUGACCGCCCAAGAGGAAAAAGAUUUCUUGGAUUCUCUGCCUUUAAGUCAACAGUGUACAGAAGAGGAAGUGGAAUUGCUGCAUUUCCUUUUUGAAAAUAAGUUAAAGAAGUAUAACAAACCUAGCGAGAUGGUCGUCCCAGAAAUAGUCAACGGUCUCCAGGACAACUUGGAUGUUGUCGUCUCCCUCGCGGAGCGACAUUAUUACAACUGUGACUUUAAAAUGUGCUACUCUCUUACAUCAAUGGUAAUGGUGAAAGACCCAUUUCAUGCUAACUGUUUACCAGUGCACAUAGGAACCCUUGUUGAGCUGAGCAAAGCAAAUGAGUUGUUUUACCUGUCUCAUAAACUGGUGGAUUUGUAUCCCAGCAAUCCGGUUUCAUGGUUUGCCGUUGGCUGUUACUACCUCAUGGUUGGGCACAAAAACGAACACGCAAGGCGGUAUCUCAGUAAAGCCACCACGCUGGAGCGCACGUACGGACCGGCAUGGAUAGCAUACGGUCACUCGUUUGCUGUGGAGAGUGAACACGAUCAGGCCAUGGCUGCGUACUUCACUUCUGCUCAGCUUAUGAAAGGAUGUCACUUGCCCAUGCUGUACAUCGGGUUGGAGUAUGGGCUCACUAACAACCCCAAGCUGGCAGAACGUUUCUUUAGCCAGGCUCUCAGCAUUGCACCUGAGGACCCCUUUGUGAUCCAUGAGGUAGCUGUGGUUGCCUUCCAAAAUGGAGAUUAUAAAACAUCCGAGAAGUUGUUUCUAGAUGCGAUGGAUAAGAUCAAGGCCAUUGGAAAUGAGGUGACGGUAGAUAAAUGGGAGCCGCUCUUAAACAAUUUGGGGCAUGUCUGUCGAAAAUUGAAGAAGUACGAGCAGGCUCUGGAAUACCACAGGCAAGCUUUGGUCCUCAUCCCACAGAAUGCCUCCACUUACUCAUCCAUUGGUUAUGUGCACAGCCUCAUGGGAGAUUUUGAGAGUGCCAUCGACUACUUUCACACUGCACUUGGUCUGAAACGAGAUGACACAUUUUCCGUAACCAUGCUGGGUCACUGCAUUGAGAUGUAUAUCAGCGAUUCAGACGCUUACAUUGGAACUGAUAUUAAAGACAAAGUGAGAAAGACCCUCAGCACGCCUGCGCUGAUGAAGAUGAUCAACACUUCUGCUGAAGGCAAUGAGACAAGAGCUCAACCCGUAGAAGAGGUGAACGUGUGCCUGGAAACGCCAUCUUUCAACGCUGACAAACAAACGGAUGCUUUCCAGCGCUUCCUCUUAGAAUGCGACAUGCACGAGAGCGACAUGAUGCUGGAGACGUCCAUGUCUGACACCAGCACGUGAUGGAGACCUAUAGAUGGGUUAAAGAGGAACUUUAAGUAUGAGAUGAUGAUGAUAGAAUGUGACGUGUCACACCUUCCCUCCAUCCGCCACCCCGCCGUGUCGGACCCCUGUGGAUUUUUUUUUUUACCAUGAAUAAGUAAAAUGAAUGCAAAAGGGUUCGAAUGAUUUAAUCAAUAAACCCUGCAUCCAUAUUUUUACAAAGAUUUGUGUAUUCUCAUUGGUGCUGUAUUAAAACACCUGUUUUGUGAA